AUGUCAAGAUUGGAUUAUCAUUCGAUACUAGAUCCGAAUAACAGUGUGGACGUGGAUGUAGAUGCAGAGUUCGAUAAUCCAACUAUCCUAAAUCACCAUGACUCCGAGAAUCAGAACGUGGAGGAUGGUGUGGACGUCCACUCACACACGCAUGGAAUUGCCGUUGGGAUAAUGGAUGACGAACAUGAUGAUACCCCUUUUGUCAUCAUGGAAGAGCACGCUGUAGACCCAGACUCAGAGCUGGCGCAGGGGACGGGACAAGAGACAGGGCAAUUGCAGGAGGAGGAACAUGAUGAUAUACAAAUACCAAUCCUGUCGGAGGAGAUUGUCGCUGGUCCAGAUGAGCCGAAAGGCUCUGGUAGAGGACAAGGACAUGGACCGAUGAGUCUCAAAGGAAUGUCAGAAGAGAACAAGAAACAAAGACAGAGAUUGCAGAAUAAGUUGGCCGCUGAAAGAAGUAGGAAUAAACGGAAAGGUGAUCAAAUGAAUCUUGAGAAACAAGUUGACUCUCUAAGGAAUGAGAAUGCCCAAUUACGAGCGAGAUUAACACAAUUAUCGUCCAAUUCCAAAUCACCCGAAUUCAACAUACCGACUAUAAUUUCUGAUCCCACUCCCUCUCAAUAUUCACCUAUACCUACCACAUCAUCGAUGACGACGACAACAGUAUUAAAUGGGACAGGUAUAGAUUACAACUACAUCUCAAAAUUGACCAACGAGCUAAACCAAUCCAAGAUGACUUUAUUAGAGAGGAAACUGAAAUUGUUAAAUAUCCAAGAUGGUACUUACAGUUCACCUACGUCGUCAUCGGAGCAGAAAGACAAAGACAAAGAAGGAGAUGUGGGAGAAGGGACGGUGAAUGAAAUCGAUCCGAUCAAAGAAAGUAGAAAAGAAUUAAUCAAUAAAUAUAGUAAAUUGCAAAGCAUAAAAGCUGAAGAGAAAAGCUUGAAUACGCUCAUUGCUCAUAUCAAGAAUGAAAUUGAGAAUUUGAUCAAGCAGAGGAAUGUCGUUGAAGAGAAAUUGAACGAGAAACGCAGUAAAGGUAGUGGUGAUAAUGAUAUAAACAUGGGAAAUGGGGAUCAGGAUCAGGAUCAGGUGGCUGUCACUCAAGAGCAACAACAGCAACAACAAUCAGUGGAAGAUCCUUCUACCUCGAUUGGAAACCAUACGAUUCUGGUUGAAGACUCUCAACAACCCCAACAGCAGGAUCAGAUUGCAGAAGAACAGAACCAGAACCGGAACCAGGAAGCGGAAGACCAAGAUCAAGAUCAAGAUCAGAUGCACGAAAAUGGUAAUCUGGAUGAUAUUAGGGGAUGGAUCGAUGCUGCUGUCAAAGAUUGGGAUCAGGUGGGUGUCCUUUUCAUGUCAUUUGGACGUCUCCCGUUGAACCAUGUAGCUGCCGCUGACAUUUGA